AUGUCUAUUUCAGAAAUCUUGAACACCUAUUCAACCGAUGUUUAUUGGCAAGGUCAAUAUUCCAAGUUGGAGGCAUCUUAUAUCGCAGUAUCAAACCAACAAAUUCUCCAAACUGCAACAGCUUCCGAAGUUGUUUCAAGUGCUUCACAGGCUGUUGCACAAGCUAGUGCAACUAUAUUGCAGAUUAAGAAAGACAACAACCAAUACCAAGGAAUGAUUCCUUCCUUUGGCGGGAAUCUAACUUUUUUGAUCCUGUUUGCUUUGGCAAUGGUUCUUCAUGCUGGUCUUGGCUUUUGGUAUAAACAAUGGUGGGUUAUGGUUUCUUUCUUCUGUGGCUGUGGAUUGGAAUUGGCUGGAUUCGUUACAAGAACUUUAUCUCAUGAAAAUUAUGAUAUUCAGUCUUACUUCUUGUGUCAAAUUAUCAGCUUGACUAUUGCUCCCGUUUUCAUUAUCGGUGGUGUUUACAUAUUGUUGGGGAAAUUCAUUGUAAUCUAUGGUGCUCACUUCGCAUUGAUGAAACCCAUGGCAUGUUCUUAUAUCUUUAUGGCUUGUGAUUUUGUUUCUUUAGUAGUUCAAGCUGCUGGUGGUGCUUUGGCUGCUACUGCAAGUACCAAACAAGAUAAUGCGGUUGGGACUCAUGUCAUGGUUGCAGGAUUGGCUUUUCAAGUGUUCUCAAUGACAGUUUAUGUUCUUUUGUUCUUACAUUUCUUUUACAACAUAAGAUUUUUCAAUAAGAGGAAGCAUGAAGAGAUAUUUGAUUAUUUCAAUCCUGAUUACGAACAAUUAAGAUCGAGAAGAAUUUUUCAAUGGUUCCCUUAUGUUGUUCUCGUUUGUGUUGGAUUCAUCUACAUUCGCUGUAUUUAUAGGGUUGUUGAAUUAGCAGAAGGUUGGUCUGGUUAUUUGAUCACUCAUGAAUCAUUUUUAUUCUUUUUGGAUGCUUUGAUGAUUGCACUAACUUCAUUCACACUAGUGAUUUUCCAUCCAGGGUUUGCAUUUGAUGGGAGAAAUACUGAAAUUGACGUUGUUCGUGGUCCAAAAGAGGAAGCUAACGAUGAAGGUGUUCCUUUGAAUUGCUUGGACAAAAAUGGGAACUUUACUGAAGAAGCAAGAUCUUUCAACAGUGCAGUUUUCAGAAGAGAUAUAAUUUAG